AUGACCUUUAAUAGUUGGCCCUCCUGUGCUGAAAAUCCCUUGGCUCUUGGUUUUGUCCAUGAGAUUUCGAAGCUAAACCUUGCCAAGGCAUGUUUUUCACACAAGACACUCAAGCUAAGCCAGCUGCUUGCUAAUGUCCCCUCCGUAAACGAUCUGUCCCUGGAAUUUCGAAGUGAAAAGAUUUGGAUUCAACCAGAAUCCCCGAAAGUGCUUUCACCUUGGCUUGCCAAACUACGGUAUGUGAAUCUGGACAAUCUUCCCGAGGAAUGUGAUAUUGCCUGGACAAUGUUCCUUCUUGAAGCUGCACCGUUUGUGGUGGAGUUUUGCAUCACGGUAUGGGAUCAUAAGUGCCACAUGGAGUCCCAAAAAAGUUACUCCGAGAAAACUGAUGUGAAGUGGGAGCCAUCUGACCCUGAUUUCAAGCAUAAGGAUCUAGCCAAGCUAAACAUAUAUGGCUUUCAGUCCGAUGAUAACUUCACAGGACACAUCAGGCGUGUCUUGGAGGCUGCUGUGAAUAUCAAGGAGGUAUCUCUGCAUGACAGGAAGGUGUGCAAGGUUUGCGCCGUCAAGUUUCCUCAUGUUGAGGUUCGUCCUUCGAGUUAUCCACGGACCAGCGAUGAGAAGGAUUUGUUGAGAAAUAAGAUGACAGAGACGUUGCCGAAGGCUUCUCCUGCUGUGAUUCACUUCCUAUCAUAA